AUGGCUUGCACAGAAAAUGAAUGUUCCAUUGGCAGACUCAUGAUACAACAUCUGGCUAACAACUCCAUGUCUGGUCACCUUGAAAGCUUGACCCCAGAUGAUUUAGAAGAGCCCAGUGAGCACUAUUCCCAAGAAGUACAGAGUUCAGAAAACAAAAAUGACCAUAACCACUGUGUUUAUGCCCAUACUGUUGUGAAUGAAAUUAAACAUGCAAAAACAUUAUCCUCUAUGCCUGAACAUUGCAGUAACCAAACUACUGCAUACUCACCAAACAACGGUAAAAGACUGGCACAUAAAUCUGAAAGUUUAGCUUCAUUAGAAGGCUCAUCUUUCAGUGAUGAACUGUCAUCUGGAUACACAUCAACUAUUGAUGGGCAAACUUUGGAGGUGCCAGAAGAACACGUGCAAGAGGUUUUAAAUCAGCUGAACCAAUCAAUUGAGGCAUUUAGUUCUGGGCUUCACAUGAUUCCUUGCUCCAGAGAUUCUCAGACUCCUGGAGAAGGAGAAAAUUCCAUAAAGCCUCGGAGUUCCUUCUCUGAGGGCAUUUUCUUAAAUCCUGCCAAUCUACCACUAUGUCAAAACCUGGUUAGUAAAAAACAACUGGCCUACAAUACACUGGAUGCCACACCUAGGCAUGACUACUAUAUCCACUCUGUAGCUCCUGGGAGGCUGAAACGAAGUCGUCCAUCCUUGGAUCUACUACGUAAUGCCAUACUAGUAAGUAUAUUUUAUGAUAUAUGUUUAUGAUUCAUACAUACAUAUAAAGAUAUUUUUAUUAAUAAUGGUAACUAAUUGAUUAAUUGACUGAUUUCACUGUUGUCUGUCAGAGCAAAUACUCAGAGAUAACCUGCAUCUAAACCAUUUAUUUUGCAGCUGAAAGGUGUUUGUAAUCUAUUGCUUUUAUACUAUUUAAAACAGCAUAUCAUUGUUCCUUUUGAUUCUUAUCUCUUCAUUGUGUGUACUUCCUGUUACCAGUACUUCAUCUUUAGAAUGGCAUGUCCUCUCCAAAGUACUAAUUGUAUUCCUUUUUUCUGUAGGAUGAGCAGCAAAUGGUCCCAGUACCUUUGGACCAAGAUGUGGAAUCAGGUGACAAGGACAAAGCUGAGGAAGUGGUAGUGGCCGAUGAAAAUAAUGCAAAAAAGAAAGAGAAAUUAAAAGGGAAGGGGGAACCUGUUCGAUUUGGAUGGGUCAAAGGAGUCAUGGUAAGGAACUGUUUGUAGUGGCUUGCUAUACUCCCAGUGACAAACAAAGGAGAUUAAUCACCUUAAAAUUCAACAUACACAUUGUGUAGGCUCUAUACAAUGUGAUGUGCAGGAUGUUUUUUUUUUUCCAAAGCAGCUAAUUGUGUGUGUGUGUGUGUGUGUGUGUGUGUGUGCGUGUGUGUGUGUGUGUACCUCAGAGGCUAAAGGCAAAGUAUAAGGCACCAUUUAGUUUUGUUCAUUACUCUCUUUGGUAUAAUCACGUUUUGACUGUUUCUCUCAAAAUGAGUUAUCAUACAUACAUUCUAGCACUGGUGUAAAAUUGUUUACUAGAAUCAUACCAUAUAAGUAUCACAUGAUAUUUGUUUCCUAAUGUGCCCACCUGUUUUCUGGUGUGGAUUGAUUUAAAUGCUGGAGGAUGGAUAUACUAUAAUAGGAAUCCCAGUGAGGUGUGUGGACAGGGGUGGCAGCACAAGUUAAAACACACAGAGCAUUUCAAUUGAGUGUUUGGGCAUUUUUGUCAUUUUAUAAUAAGCAUUUGUAGAAGUAUACAGGUAUAAUCCCUUAAGUAGGUCCAGUUUUAUGACAUAUCAUUAAAAUACAGUAUUAUUGUUACAGUGUUUUGUGUCUUUCAAUUGCUCUUCCUUUCCUUCCACAGAUUCGUUGCAUGCUCAAUAUCUGGGGGGUUAUCUUGUAUUUGAGAUUACCAUGGAUCACAGCACAGGCCGGUAUAGGUAAGAAAUGUUUGGUGCUUAAUGAUUAAAAGAAGACUAGUCAUAAAAAUCAAAGUAUAUCAAAUAUAGCCCUCCUUAUUUGAAUUGAAACCUUUUGAAAUUGCUUUAAUUCCUGCCCCCAGCUUAUUUUUCAAAAAAUUACCCCUAUAAACUCUGCUUCCUAUUCCUCUACUCUUCCCUAAAUCUUACUCCUAUUAUUUUCUACUGCCAACCAUGUCUGAUUCCUUCUCCCAUUACACUCUCCUACAUCUGCUCUUACCCACUUCUUCGUGGACUCCUACUCUUCCUAAAUUCUAAAUUUCAUUUCCCACUUCACCCUGAAGAGAAGAGGACAAUUAGUACUGAAAAGUGUAUAACAAAUAUUUAAUGGAUGGCAUGUUCAUAAACUAUGGAGGCAUUUGGGCAACCAAUCAGCAAAAUAGCACAAUAAAUCCAAGCAACUGAAUUGGAGAGGAUUUUUUAAAAACUACCGUAUAUACUCGUGUAUAAGUCGAUCUCAUGUAUAAGUCGAGUGCAGUUUUGUUACCAACAAUUGUGAAAUAUGCUAUGCCUCGUGGAUAAGUCGAAGGUAAAACUUGGGGCUAUGAAAUUCUGUGAUUUUUAUAAUUAUAUACACACACACACUCAUACAAACAUACACUCUGCAUUAUAUAUACACACACUCAUACAAACACACACUCUGCAUUAUAUAUACACACACUCAUACAAACACACACUCUGCAAUAUAUAUACACAUUCUGCAUUAUAUACACACACACACACUCAUACAAACACACACACUGCAUUAUAUACACACACUCUGUGUAUAUAAUGCAGAGUGUGUAUAUAAUGAAGAGUGUGUGUUUGUGUAGUGUGUGUGAACUGGGUGGGGGGAGGGCAUUUUUAUUAUUUUAAUUUUAAUUUUUAAUUUUAAUAUUAUUUUUUUUAUUAUUUAAAAAAAAUUGUCCCCCCUCCCUGCUUGUUAACCGGUCAGGGAGGGGGGAUAUCUUAAUCCCUGGUGGUCCAGUGGCAUGGGCUGUGAAGUGGGGGGCCGGCAGGAAGCAUUUACUUACCUUUCCUGCAGCUCCUGUCAGCUCCCUUCUCCUCCGUUCCGGUCAGCUCCACUGUAAGUCUCGCGGUCUGGUUGCCGCGCGGAUUGUUGCCACGGCUCUGACGGCCGCGGCUCUCUAAGUUGCCAUAAUACAGACAGUGACUCAAGUAUAAGUCGAGUGGGGGUUUUUAAGCACAAAAAAUGUGCUGAAAAACUAGACUUAUACUCGAGUAUAUACUGUAUGUGCUUUUUUAGACUAGAUUUUGCAAGAUGAAUUUUAACUGAAAACAUAACAAAGGGAAAUCACAUUAUUUAUAAUAUCUGUAAAUUGUUUUUUUAUAGGUCUCACAUUCCUCAUCAUUCUGAUGUCUGUCUUGGUGACUUCAAUCACUGGUUUGUCCAUUUCUGCUAUAUCCACCAAUGGCAAAGUCAAGUCAGGUAAGUUAAGGCCCCGAUAUGAAUAUAGUAACAUUGUAUCUGUGUAAAUUACUGGACACAUUGGUGUUUAUUUAUGAAACUUAAAACUGUGUAGACUUGACAGUGAAAUUAAAAAAUAUAUCAUUAUCGGAAAUGGAAAAAAGGCUAAAUUGGUGAACAUUCCCAGUUUGGUUAAAUUGGCCUAAAAUGUUAACCCUUUCAUUAUUGCCAGAAACUUCAUAUUCCAUAAUCCUUUCUCUACAAUUCUCUGUUCAGUGGAUAAACCUAAACAUCUCUACAAUGGAGUGAUAUUCUAACACAAGGAUGCAUAAAGGUUGUUUUCCUUAGAUGAAAUACAGUCAGUGGUUUAAACAAUGAAAGCUUCCCCAAUUAUAAAGCUCUUAUCAAUCAGCCUGCAGAAUGUACAUAAACAGAAUAUUUUUGAUGUCUGAAAAUGAAAUUUCUCAUUGAAACCUUUCCUUAUAUUCUUUACUCUUUAAUACAGGUGGAACAUACUUCCUCAUCUCUCGCAGUCUGGGACCUGAGUUAGGAGGCUCCAUUGGGCUCAUCUUUGCAUUCGCCAACGCAGUUGCUGUAGCCAUGCAUACAGUGGGCUUUGCAGAGACUGUUCGAGACCUUCUCAUAGUAAGUUUUUAAUUCUACUGUAAAUUAGAUUCCUAUGUCUAUGUGUGGCAGUGGGUCAGAGAGUUCAGAAUGAGCUGAUUAGCGUUAACUAGCAGAAGAUAUUUUGAUAAGACUAUUUGGAGAGAAUAUAUAUAUAUAUAUAUAUAUACACAUAUAGUGACAACAAAGGUGUCAAUAAUGUUGUAAUCUAUGUUGCUGCAUAAGCAACCCCAAAAAAAUAUGAAUGAACCAAACCUCGAAGGAGAGAAAAACAGGUGUUCAGCUUUUUUGUUUUUGAACUGUGAUAUCUCAAUUAAUAUAUACAUAUAAUACAUUUUUUGACUAAUCUUUGUAGUCAGUUUAGUUUUUUUUUUUUUUUUAUUGUUUUCUGUUAUUUUCAUGGAUUUUAUAUACAGCAGAACUGCCUCAAAUUAACUUCACAAUGCUCCCUUUCAGCCUCUGGCUAUUGCUCAAUAAAAUCAGUUUAACUUUUGCAAUGCAAGUAAAACGGCUCUUUUUUUGUGGAAAUGUUUCAUACUUCUUCCACCUCUCUCAAGGAAAGGCACUUUACAUAGUUACAUAGGCUGAAAAGAGACAUGUGUUCAUCAAGUUCAGGCUUCCUCAUAUCUGUUUUUUGCUGUUGAUCCAAAAGAACACAAAAAACCCAGUUUGAAGCACUUCCAAUUUUUUAACAAACUAAGAAAAAAAUUUCUUCUUGACCCCAGAAUGGCAGUCAGAUUUAUCCUUGGAUCAAGAAGCCAUUACCCUACAUUCUUGGAAAGUUUGCAAUGUUCUACAGUUAUUCUUCUGUGACUUAUGGUAAACUCCUAGAUUACUUAUACAAACCAUCUAAUUUCUUUCCUUUUAGGAAUAUAAUGCUGUAAUUUCUGAUCCAGUAAAUGACAUCAGAAUCAUUGGUGUAAUAACAGUGGCAGUUCUGCUUGCGAUCUCAUUGGCUGGAAUGGAAUGGGAAGCAAAGGUAUGUGCACUUUGAUUAGUGUGACUUAUUUGAAAUUUCGAGCUUAUGUACUGGAUUGAUAAUUUAAUCUUCUGAAUUGUCUACACAGGCUCAGGUCGCAUUCUUCUUUGUGAUCAUGGUGUCUUUUGUAAAUUACAUAGUGGGAACACUUAUCCCUCCCACCGAAGAAAGGCAAUCCAAGGGAUUUUUUGGCUAUCAGAGUAAGUAACUCAUGAAAAUAUAACUCUAAAGAAAGCUAUUUGAAAUAGGUUUCCAGCCUUCAUGCCGUUUAUUAACUUGAUCUUUGGUUGAGUUCCAAUUGGGCCACUUGAUUGGAUUCUAUGUAUCCCAAAACUGCUACUGUAUGUUUCAUAUAACCAUUGGUUCUAUUUUUAUAUGACAGGUUCUAUCUUUUUGGAAAAUAUUGUUCCUGACUGGCGUGGUGAAACUGGAACCUUUUUUGGCAUGUUCUCUAUUUUUUUCCCAUCUGCUACUGGUAUCCUGGCUGGAGCAAAUAUUUCUGGAGACCUAAAGGUAGGACAUACACUUCUUUUUAAAAGAAUUACAUAUACAAAGACAAACAAAUCUACAGACUACCACAGGAACUGCUUGGAAUUUCUCUUUUAUCGUAUGAAAUGAUCAUAGCAAGUAAAUUCAGAGCCCCUUCAUUUACAGUUAUUAAUUCAUUUGUUGGUUUGGAGUGCCUUGUUUAUUUAGAAAUAAUGAAAAACAUUGAGCCAUAUUUAACACCUAAAUUUGUGGAAUAUACUAACAACAACCUUACAGAUUUUCUGAUUCACAACUACUUAAUGUGUAGCUAUAAGCUAGCUAUAUAUUUAUUUACCACCUGAUGCCUAGUUUAUUUCUUGAUAAUGUGGUCUUUUUGCAAUGUGUAUAUGAGAAAGAUUGAUUUCAUAUUUUACAAUUUGAAUAAUUUUAGCUGUAAGAUUUAUCACUAAAUAUAAGCAUGGAAGGGGUCACACAAGAACCUAUUUCUAUGCAAGUUUUAAGAUACUUAAGAAGGCAGUUGUGUUGCAUUUGGGUGUUUGAUGAUACUUAUGCAAAUUGGCAAAAACGUGAAAAGAUGUAGACCACAAAAAUCAAUAUAAAUCAUAUCUAAGCCACUACAUUAUUAAAAUGCAAAUACUUGUGUUUUAUCUAAUAAACAUGUUUAGUGUAAUAAAUGAGAAUAAAUUGCAUCAGGCUGUUAAACCCAUAGUGAUAACGAUGAUCGUUGAUAUAAUUCAUUUUUUACCCUUCAUUUUCCCAGGAUCCAGCAGUGGCAAUCCCCAAGGGAACACUGAUGGCUAUAUUCUGGACCACCAUUUCAUAUCUGGCAAUUUCUGCUACAAUAGGUGAGAUUUGUAAAUAUGAUGCCCUAGUACUACAAAAGCAUUCAUCCACACAUUUGCUUGCCCCGUGUCACUCUGAUCCUUUAUUCACAAAUGUUAAACUCUUUUCAUUAUGGUAACUUUUAUACAAAGGCUCCUGUGUUGUCCGUGAUGCAACUGGCAUUUUGAAUGACACAAUUCCUGUGAAUCAGACGAUUGAUUGCGAAGGACUGAGCUGCCAGUUUGGCUGGAACUUCACUGCAUGUGGAGAUACGGAACCCUGUGUUUAUGGCUUAUCUAACCACUACCAAGUAAGAGAGCACCCUAGUGAGGUUCCCAAUAAUAAAGGGACAUUGACAGCCUUUAUUGUUUUCUAUCAUAUUUAAUUGGCGAGGCUUCAUAUCUUGCUGUUGUUUUUCUCCUCUUCAGGCAAUGAGCUUGGUGUCAGCAUUCAGUCCUCUAAUCACCGCUGGUAUCUUUGCUGCCACUCUUUCUUCAGCCUUGGCUUGCCUUGUCUCUGCUCCAAAAGUGUUCCAAGUAAGAGGAUAUGCUUUUAUUCUUUAUUUAUAUGUAAAUGUGGUGCUAUAUUGUAAAUAUAAAAGAAAACACAUCAAAAAAGAAAUAUACCAAUCCGUUUCUACUAUUGCACUGAAUUUCCCUUAUAGUAUACCACACAAUUUUACGAUUAUAUCCUUUUAUCAGUUGUUCUGAUUUUUAUUCUUUUAUCAGUUGUUCUUAUUUUUAAUGCUAUCAUCGAUCUUCAUUUCACAUAGUGUUCAAUUUGUUUUUAUUCUUUUUUUUUUGUGCGUGUGUCUCACUAUGUCCCUUCUUGACACAUUUACCUUCUCACAGUGCCUUUGCAAAGACAAGCUAUACCCUGUUAUUGGAUUCUUUGGAAAAGGUUAUGGGAAGAACAAUGAACCAAUCCGUGGUUACAUUCUGACAUUCAUCAUAGCUAUUGCAUUCAUACUUAUAGGUGAGUCCACUAGAAGACCAACCUAUAUAAUUUUCAAACUGAAUACUAUAGACAUUCAGUAUUAUUCAACUAUCCUUUAACAUAUGUUUCCACCUUGACUAAACUAGCCCAAAGUGUGCUGUUCCCUGCCCAUCCUGUACAAUCCACUGCCUGAUAAACAACUCUGAUCGCAUGACUAUGUAUAACCAUGAAUUAAUGAGCACGACUGCCAUUACAUAUAAUAGAAAGUACAAAUUAAUUACUAAUAGUUAAAACGUGAUAAAUGCAUAGAAUGUCAUAGAAUAGAUCUUCAAUAUAGUAUUGUGGAGCAGUAUAACAAUACUCCAUGUAAACAACUUAAUUUGUGUCACACCCACUUGGGGUUUUGUAGCGGUGACAGAACCCAAUUGCAGCGGAACAGCAAUCCCUUACAAUCACGACCCUCAGGAGAACCUGGAUGUGGGUACAGGGUCCUGAAAGGUCUGUGGUGGCACAGAGGCCUUUAAUAGGUAGAAGCCAAGCGAGGUAUCCAAGAGAGGAAGAAGCAGGAGGCGUAGUCAAUCAAUCCAGGAUCAGGUCACGCAGCAGGCAAGAGUAAUCGAUCAAUCCGGGAUCAGGUCAGCUAGCAGGCAAGAGUAGUCGAUCAAUCCGGGAUCAGGUCAGGCAGCAGGCUAGGGUAAACGAGCCAAGGAUCAAGAACCAAGCAGACAAGUAGGGAAUCAGGAGCAAGGAAAAUAACCAAGACCUGACUGGGAGGCGUGCUUGGUUUAAAUAGGGAGCCAGGAUCACAUGAACGGCCACCUCCCACCAGUAGGUGGGGCACACAGGAGCUAUAAAAGGAAUUCAGGUACCUGCCUCGUCUCGACAGGUCCGCACCUCCUCCCCCCCGCCUAGAACGCCGGGUCCGAUGGCGGCCGCCAUCUUGCUGCGACAGCAUGCUCGCCAUGGACCUCGGCGUUGAGAGGGGGAGGAGAUGCCGCAGCCCUGAAAGAGGGGACUUGGAGAGCGGCGAUCGCAGCCAUUCUGCUACAAGGACGCCGCAGGCUCCCAGGAGCAGGUAAGUGACCGGCUCUGCCAUGACAAUUUGCCUGUUAAGAGCAAAGUGACAUUUCCUGAUCUAGCUGAUCCUGAGCUGCUGCACCAUAUUCAGGGACUAGGCAAACACACACAAAAUACUUGAUAACAAAACUAAUCGCAACAUAUCCUUCAUGGAAAAGGUUUUAAAAUACUCUGUAAUCCUGAUAAUUUCUCCAGUCUUGUAUUGCAAUACUGACUAUGAUCUCAUUUCUACAGCUGAGCUAAACACCAUUGCUCCAAUUAUUUCCAACUUCUUCCUCUGUUCCUAUGCAUUAAUCAACUUCAGCUGUUUCCAUGCUUCCAUCACCAACUCACCAGGUAAGAAAAAUUAAUGGGAGAUAUUCAUAUAGCAGAAAAUAUAUUUAAUCUAAUAGUUUCUCUUAUAUCUGACUCUUAGAUUGCUUUUGUUUUGUUUUUUUCUUACUAAGCAUAUUUUAUAAAUUAGAAUUUUCUAGUUUCUCCAAAUGUUUUCUUAGUGUCUUCUAUUACUGGAGUUAUCUCUUCAUUACUUCCUCAUUCAUAGUGAGACAUUUCUCUUGCAAAACUGGAAUUUUCUCAAAAGAAUAGACAAUGAUAGUGUACUAUUUAAAUAUUAACAAAUGUUCAUACAAUGGCCUGUGUGUUUUACAUUUUGUUUGCAGAGCAAAAUUGUCAUACUGUUUAAUUAGCAUCAUUAAUAUGUUUUGUUCUCUUCCAUAGGAUGGCGCCCCUCUUUCCGCUAUUACAGCAAGUGGACAUCCCUUUUUGGUGCAGUGGUGUCUGUGGUCAUCAUGUUCCUCCUCACAUGGUGGGCUGCUCUAAUUGCUGUGUCCAUCAUUGUUGUCUUGCUAGGUUAUGUGACUUACAAAAAACCAGGUGAGUCAGCUUCGCUAUUCAUUAUCUAGAAUAAACAUAUAAUGAUACAUUAUUAACUGUGAUCUUGUCUUUAAUAUCUUCUCCUUUCAUUGUCCACAUAGAUGUCAACUGGGGAUCCUCAGUGCAAGCUGGAGCCUAUAACAUGGCCCUAACAUACAGUGUGAACUUAACGGGAGUACAGGAACACGUCAAGAACUACAGGUAAUGUUAAAUCUGCAGUCCAAUGUCUGCGUCCCGUGUUUUUCUUUUUAAAAGAUAGAUAGACAGACCGACAGACAUCCAUCCUCUUUUCAUUGUGUUAACCAUUGUUUUGCUUUAUGCUCCAGGCCGCAGUGUCUUGUUCUUACUGGACCACCAAAUUUACGUCCAGCUCUGGCUGACUUUGUCAGUUCCAUAACCAAAAACACGAGCCUCAUGAUCUGUGGAAAUGUAUUGACUGUGAGUACAAAGCUAAAUUUAUCUACUUACUGGUGCAACUAGAACUGUUUAUAUAUUGAUAUUCUUGCUUUUAAAAAAUGCAGUGAGACACUGAGGGUUUUAUUUACCUAGCAUUGCGUUGUGAACAUAUAUCUUCCUUCUCUGUACAUAGUCAUUUUUUACUUUGUUGAUGAAUAUAUGCUUAACAAAUCACAUGGAAGUGUCGAUUGAUGGCAAACAAAACAGUGCCUUUGAGUUCCAUUGCUUGAUUAUAUGGAAAUUACAAUUUUCACACAGUACAUAGAUAUUCACAGUAUAACAGACUGCCAUCUAACAAAUAUAUCUUAUUGGAAAUCUACAUGUCAGAUAUGUACCAUUAAAAUAGUAGGUGCUAAAUAUGUGCAGUAGUUAUAGUAAUGUAUUAGCACUAUGGAUUAAGAGGAUAUUAAGUAACUGCUAUGGAUGUAAUUGAUACUAGAGCACUGUGACUAUAUAAAGUGAUAAAUGAUGUGAAAUAUUAACCAUAAUCAUGCUGUCUUUAGGAAAGUGAAAAAAUGAGUGACUCAGAUGGACACAUACAAUGGUUGAACACAAGGAAAGUGAGAGCGUUUUAUAGUGUGAUCUGUGAAAGCAGUUUGAGAGCUGGAGCCAAAAAUCUUAUGCAGGUAGAGUUAACUUCUUAUCUUAAUAUACCACCUUCUUCUCUACUGCUUGAGCUAUAAUUAAACAAAACUCCCUGUGCAACAUUAGACUGCAAUGCUCAUCCACCUUCUGUAUAGGUACAGUGCCUACCUAAAUCAUUCUUUGCUUAGCAAUUUCAGAACCUCUAAGAUAACUUCAGAAACAAUACCCAUAACUCAACAUUCUUUUCAUGCAGGUGUCUGGUCUGGGACGUCUAAAACCAAACACUCUGGUCUUGGGAUUUAAAAGCAGUUGGCAAAGUGACCCAGGGCAGAGUUUAGAAGACUAUUUUGGAGUUAUAAAGUAAGUAUAUAGUGUUUCUGGACCCAGAUGACAGACUCAAAUAGGGGCCACUCACUUGUGACAUAUUAAAGCACAACCCAAAAUUCCUUUGAGCAGCUCAAUACUUCUCUUUUCUCUUGUAAAGAAAGGAAGAGUAAAAGAGGUGAAAUUGCCUUAAGAGUUUACAAUUCAGGAAUACUGCUAAAGUGGUAAUCAAACAUAAAAGAUUUUUUAAAAGUUUUUAAAAAAAACAAUAACCAAAUGUGUUCAGUUUAAAACAGAAGCUUUUGAUGGCUCCAAUUCCCUAUUCCUCAUUUAGUUGGCCUCUGUCAACUGUUGGUCCCUCUUUCUACUUUGUGUCAGUUACUUGCUUCCUUGUCUAUUCCAUGCCCUCUUGGCAUCUCUGUGACUUUUUAUUGAUCCUCUUUAACGCCUGUGUGUUACCCCUAUGCAUUAGUUAUUGCGUGUGGUCAGCAUUUAUAUAUUUUCCUCUGUCCACCACCCUUCCUCUGUUUAUCAGUUAUUUGUUGUUUUUCCUGUGGCUGAACUUUCCCCUAUGUAUCUUUCAUUUACUGCCUUGGAUCUAUUAUCUGGUCCUCAGUCUAAUAUGAUUCAUUUUUCCACACAGUGAUGCAUUUGACUGUCAGUUUGGGGUGUGCAUUCUGAGGAUUAAGGAUGGUCUUAAUGUGUCCAAGAAGGUGCAUGGCGAAGGUGAGUUGUAAUCACAAAGUGUAGCACUGGACAAUACCUUACAGGCCAACUGUGUCUGUUUCAUAAUGCUAGAAGAGAUAUUGAUUGUGUGUAUAGGGGUGUAUUACCAUGUAAAAAGAUAAAAAGUAUACAAUAGCCCUCUUUACCAUGUGUAACACCACAUGCCUUCCACCCUGAACUACCCAUUGUACCCUACAUACAGUGUAAUAGAAGACAACACUUCACGUGGAGCCAGUUGUCCUUGCUGUAUAUCAGGUGGUAGAGGAAACAUUCUGCUCUUGUGUGGUUAAUAGAAGUCCUUGUGGAAUUCCAACAAAUUCUCAUAGAGUGUGAUCUACUUCUCAGAGCAGAGGAUUAUAGGGAGCAUAACAGAUAUCCUUACACAAAGAGCAACUUUAUUUCAAAGUCAUGAAAUUGUGCUAUUGCAUGAGCUAUUAUCAUAAUGGUACUAAGAAAAUGAUAUGUUGAGAAAUGAUGUAAUAGGGCUAUAAGAAUAGUUCUAAAUGGUAUGAAUAAAAUUAGAAAAAAAUCGACAAGGCACUGUAUGUUGACCAAUUCACUAAAUAGUGUCUUCAUCACUGACACCAAGCAUGACUUUCUUUUACAGUUAAUAUGGCCUUCCAGGACUCUGAUGAUGAAUUGGAGUGCAACAAAGAACCGGAGAAAGGUAAAGAUCUCGCAAUUUGUCCAAAGAAUCACAUUCUCCAAUCUGUCUAUAUUAGAAAUGGAAUAUAUAAGGCCAAUCAAGUAAAUAAAGAUUAAGGGAAGUUGAAGCUAAUAUAAAACAAUAUACUUAUUAUUCAGCACAGCAGUCACAUGUGGGCUAAACUCAGAACAAUAGUCUCCCUCUUGGUUUUGUGUGGUUUAUAUUUUUCAUAUUAAAGGACCACUAUAGGCACCCAGACCACUUCAGCUCAAUGAAGUGAUCUGGGUGCCAGGUCCCUAUAGUUUUAAUCCUGCAGCUGAAAACAUAGCAGUUUCAGCUGCUGACAAUGAGAAGACGCUGGACGUCCAUAGGAAAGCAUUGAGUAAUGCUUUCAUAUGGUCUGUUUGAAUGUGACGUUGGCAGGGGGUGGAGAGUUCCCCAGCACAGAGGGAGCCCGGCGCUGGAGAAAGGUAAGUGGCUAAAGGGGAUUUAACCCCUUCAGCCCAGUGGGAGGGGGGGGGUCUGAGGAUGGGGGGGAUCUAAUGACCCUAUAGUGCCAGGAAAACAAGUUUGUUUUCCUGGCACUAUAGUGCUCCUUUAAUUACUCACUGUACUCUCGGAUUCUAGUAAUUGCUCAUUAAGUUAACUUUAAUGAUAUCUUCACUGGCUCUUUCAUGCUCAUAUUUUGAUUUUUGCCUUCAGAACCUCCUAACCCAGUUCUAGAAAGCCUGACUCAAGCAAAUACUACCUUCCAGAGCCGCCAAGGCAAGAAAAGCAUUCAUAUCUACUGGCUGUAUGAUGAUGGAGGUGAGUUGCCACAAGAAUGUAACUGCAUCUGUGAUUGUCAGAAUCACCCCACUAUAACAUUAAAACUCCAUCAUUCCUAAAAUCAGAUUGUUGGUAUAAUGCAUUAUGAAUCUACUACGUGUUGUAGGUUCCACCACAUGAAAUAAAUUGAAAUAUGGUCGCCAAUAUAUUUAUAAUAAUCAGAAGUAGUGCCACGUUAAAUGGACAUUUCACACAUUAAAUAUAUCUUAUAAAAUUGUAUUCUAGCUAGUAUAGAACAAAUUGGGGUUAUGUUGCGCUAACUGGAUUUUGUAGAAUUUACCAGCAUUUUAACCCCUUAAGGACCAAACUUCUGUAAUAAAAGGGAAUCAUGACAUGUCACACGUCAUGUGUCCUUAAGGGGUUAAACUUGAUAUUCUACAUGUGCAGUUUCAACCAUAUUAUCUCCUCAUUUGCAGUGGUACCAGCAAAUCCUUGCAUUGUCUUAUGUAUCUGUCCUUUUGAUCUUCUUUUUCCACAGGUCUAACACUCCUUAUUCCAUAUCUACUGACUCGCAGGAAGCGUUGGGCACAGUGUAAAGUUUGUGUUUAUAUCAGAGGGAAAAAAGAAAAUGCAGAGCAAGAAAAAAAAGAGUAAGCCUUUGAAAUUAGGUUACAAAACAGGGGAAGAAGGAAAUACAUAUCUUUAAUAACAUGUACUUUACCUGCAUUCUUUAUCUGCAGAAUUCAAACACUCCUGGAGAAAUUUAGACUUGGCUUCCAUGAGGUUGUAGUAUUAACAGACAUUGAAGAGAAACCAGGACCCAAAACGUAAGUCUACAACAUCCCAGUUACAUGUCUGAAUUAUAAACCUUCUUUUGAUGUUGAGAUAAUUAAACCAAAGUGUAUGUAAAAAGAUUUCUUUUUUUGUUAUUGACCAUUAUGGCCUUUUAUUAAAAUUACCCAGAGGACAUCGUAAUAGAAACAAAAACUUCAGAGUCUUCAUUUUUAUUUCUGGUUCCAUAUCUACAGGGUGAAAAUGUUUGAGGAUCUUAUUGCUUCAUACAAGGUCAAUGAGGGACAGGUACAAGAUGGAGAAUCGAAUAUCCCUCCAUGGGCCAUCAGGGAGACUGAUUUACUCAAUUACAUGGCCAAGGUAUGUUUAUUGCACCACAUUUAUGCUAUCAACGGUUCUUGAAUAUUCUGCACCUUUCAUAUUUGGCAAUUAUUUAUUAUCAAGUUUCUUUACAUUUCGGUAUCGUUGGGAUUAAUUAUUAAGGGACAGAGGUGGGAACUAUUACAAAAAUAUUUAGUAUUUAUUCAGUAUUUAAUUCUGUGUAGCAUAUUUCUGAUCGGAGGCCAGCUAUUUUUUACUGUCUUUGUAUUUGCACUGUACAAUCAUAAUAGAGUUGAAUCAAAUCUAAAAUAAUAGUUUAACAGUCUCUUCUGGAAAGAAGGCAGGACUGUCCAAAGAAGGGCAUGUCGGUCUGACAUGAAUGCAUACAAGGCUGGUUGGUGGCCUGCUCCUUUAAUAUAAUGUGUUAUCCUUCUAAAAUCAGUAUUCUUUAAUUUGAAUAGGUUUGUCUUAUCUUUCCAAUUCAAAUAAAAUCUGGAUCUAUGUGCAAGAACAUAUCUGUUUUACAAAUCCAAUGCUUUGUUCCUACCUUGCUAGAAUUUAUGUCUACCUAUAGUGCAAAUUAAGUCAUCAAAUCAAUAAUUUCUACAAGUUCAAUAAGAUCAAAAAGAGUUCUUAAUUACAGAAAAACACAAAUUACUCUGGCCUCUUCUUUUCAUUUAGAACAGUGACAUAUUUCGAUUUCUGGCAGUAAUAUUGCACGUUGAUUUUUUAAAUAUUUUUUUUAUGUCCCUGUCCCAACAGUCGGAACGCUACAUGAGAAUGAAUGAGAUUCUACAGGAGAACUCAAAGGAUGCUGCCCUUGUUGCAAUGUAUGUACUAAUACUGAAUCUAACCAUUUUAGCUGAGCUUUAAAUUUUAACUUAACUUAGUAAAUAACCCUGUUAGUAUUUACCAUGCAUAUUUAGUAAUAAUAAAUGUAGAAAGGUAUGGAUCGUUCCUUACAAUUUUUUGUAGGAGCCAUUUAAUUCCAAAAUCUGUUAUCAUUCUAUCAUUAGAUGAAGAUCCCCUAUGAAAUCAUGGCUUUGCGUUUGAGUCAAUUUAAUGUUAAUGGAUUACGCUCAUGCAUACCACUCCAAUCUCUUUCUAUUUUUUUUUUUUUGCAGAAGCCUGCCAGUUGUCAGCAAAGCAGUUUGUCCCAGUUCCCUCUAUAUGGCCUGGCUGGAAACCAUUUCACAGGACCUCAACCCACCAGUAAUUUUUAUCCGUGGCAACCAGCAAGACUCGCUAACGAUGUACUGUCAGUGAUUACUGCAGCCUGCAGGGCUCAGCGGAGCGGCACUACUUAGUUGUUAAUAAGAACUGCCAUGCUCUGUAUUUCUCUAUGCCAAGCACAGUGCAUUCUUUUUAUAUGUUAGAGCUUCUUUAGUG